GCUGAUUGCUAAUCAGUGAUUAAAACUUAGUAAAUUAGAGAUAAUUCUCCGCAGCUUACACCUGUCGCAGCUUUUAUUGCUUCCCUCAUUGCCCCCCAAGUUUCCGUACCCAUUCCUGGAUUUCGAGCUUAUGGGCGCAGUUGGAUCCGCUUUGAAAUCACCAAUAGUCGAUAUGUCUACCAAGCAGGCAAAGUUCGUUGAAAACACCAUUGCCAGCAAUAAAGUUGUGAUAUUCAGCAAGACGUACUGUCCCUACUGCACGAUGGCCAAAGAACCCUUCAAAAAGCUCAAUGUGGACGCCACCGUAAUAGAACUCGAUGGAAAUCCCGAUGGCAACGAAAUUCAGGCAGUUCUGGGCGAGAUUACUGGUGCCAGAACGGUUCCCCGCGUCUUUAUCGAUGGCAAAUUCAUUGGCGGUGGUACCGACAUCAAAAGGAUGUUUGAAACGGGAGCUCUGCAGAAAUAUUUCCAGUAAAUAAUGUCCUACAGAGUUCCUUUUUAUGUAAAAAUGUUCGUGCACGCUCUUCUGAUUAAUCUUCAGUCCUAAAUAAAUUCUUUAAAAAUGUA